AUGGAGGCCCUCUUACCUUCCCUUAUCUUCCCCUCCCUUCCCUCUUUCUCUUUCUUUCUUUCUUUCUUUUUUGCGUUCGUUGCACUACUCCCUACAGACAACAUACCUUCACUAACUGACCUGCAAGCACUUGCCCAGCAAGUGGAGAACACCGAGCUUACUGAAGAAGACAUCGAGAAAACGCUCAUUCCUGAGAGUAAGAGGCAACACAAGUACACAAUCAAGCUAUGGAUAGAGUUCUCGGAGAAGGUCCUGGGUAUACAUCUACAGGAAGACGCACCCUUUCCAGAGCCUCCACCAGCAAACCACAUCGCGCUAUUUCUUACCUGGUAUACUCGUACAAGCGUCGGGUUGAUUAACGAGAAGAUCAACGACACAACGAUCAAAAACCGUCUUCGAUGUCUUAAACGAGCCAUUCGACUAUUUACCAGCCACAGUUACAGUAGAGCCGACAACAGCCAGUUUACACAACUUAUUAAGAACGAUCUUCUUCAAACCGAAAGGUUAUCAACAAAGGCGUACAAUAAGCCUCUAGCACCUAUAAAUAAAGACUCGAAUAAAGGAUUGCUUUAUCGCGAUGUGAAGCUGCUUUGGGAUGAAGAUGAAGGAAAGUUCGUGCUACAUGUACAUCUACGGAACCGUAAAGGCCACAGGCAUAACCAUAAGCAGGGCUCAAAGGUAUUUCUCGACGAGGACAAGGGAAAUCGCGCGAUGUGUCCGGUCACAUACUUCCUGGCGCUUACACUAGCGGAUGGUAUCUUUAAAGGCUACAAAACACUUUUCGAUAUCCAGUCUAAGAUGCCGUCCCCUGGCAGUUCCAUUCGCGAAUUUCCUUAUCACGGAUCGAUUUCACCGAUAAGAAUACUAAGCUACUUUGGCUUCCAUUGGAUGAUUCGAAGCUUGGGUGAGAGAGCAGGCUACAAGGACAAACUAACUGCAUACUGUUUUCGCCGUGGUUAUGGGAAUGCUAUUGACAAAAUUGCCACAACUGCUCAGAGAGUGCAGGCGAUGGGGCAUUCUGACGAUCAUGUGUUCCAGGCCUAUCUCUCCUCCAUGAUCGGGAUCGAUUCGCAGAAUAUUAUUUUUGGGAGAGAUCAGCGGAUGGACCUUAUCAACAAACACAGUUCGAUGAUGCUCCACCGAAACCUACUAGCCCCUAUCCCUCCUAGAUCCCAGCUAGCAGAAACAAGUUCACCGAAUACAAGCCAAUACGAUUCGGACCUUCCACGCGACAAGCGGAGGUAUCUGCAGAGGAAAGCCUUCGAAGAAGAGCGGCGACAGUUCUUCCAAGGCGGGUCUACUGCGCCUACUAGAUCAAUACCGAUGGACGGUAUGCGCAAGCCCUCUCGAUACCUAAAGGCAUUAUUGGAAUCGGAGGCGGACCGCCAUGAAGCUGUGAUGCUUAUGUACCCAGACAUCAAGCCGGACGGCAAUGCGCUCGACCAGAGCGAUGAGGUCUUCGAGAGCUGCGAGACAACUGGAAUAAUGACUUCCACUCCAGAACCCCAAGGAGAUUGUUGUGUUUCGCUUGAGCAAAUAGUUCCUCCACUUCAGAGGAUCGCAAAUGGACAAAAACAAAAUUUGAACUAUUUAAACGCAGAAACCCUUGAGAAAAGAAAAGAUAAGUCUACUAAACUAGAAAAUCUCGUUCGACCACAUACAGAAGAUAAGAAAGUUAGCAGCAGGCCUACUGUCGCUAAUGAGCUUCUUUGGCCGACAGGAGAUCCAGGAAGCUCUACUCCGCCGCCAGAGCAGCACCGUGGAUAA